AUGGCUUCUCAAGCAACCAUUACACCGCUUACCCCCGCCGAGGGCUCAGCUGUUGAUUUCGGAGCAGUCGUCUCCAACGUUGAUAUCGAAAAUCUCACUGAUGCCGACUUUGACGCCAUCCGUGAUGCUCUCUUCAAGCACCAAGUCCUCGUCUUUAAGAACCAGAGCCACGUCUCUCCCAAGGCGCAAUAUGAAAUCACCCAGCGCUUCGACCCGGAUGCCGGCGCCUCCUACGGCCACGCCAAGACCAUCGACGCGAAGCGCUCCAUCUUGCACCCCGACCUGAAGACCAUUCCCCACCAGCCCCAAGUGCAGGUCAUCGGCAACGGCUUCGUAGAAGAGUACGAGGGCCUGAAGAACAUCCAGCUCCGCCACCCUCACCACCGCACCUUCCACGCCACCACCAUCCCCGCCGAGGAUGACCUCGACUUCACCCGCUUCUACCGCUGGCACAUCGACGCAGCCCUCUACGGCCUCGCACCCCCCGUCGCCACCACCCUCCUCGCCGUCCGCGUGCCCGGCGGCCGCAAGCAGACCCUCCGCUAUGACGACGGCACAGGCGAAGAGAUGACCGUCCCUCUCGGCACCACGGCCUUCGUCUCGGGCUACGCAAUGUACGACAACCUCUCCCCGGAAGACCAGGAGUUCGUCCGCACCACAAAGGUCGAGUACGCCCCGCACCCGUACGUGUGGAUGUCCAGCGCCAAGUCCCGCUCCGACGGCCUCGGCCUCGUUUCGGAGGACAAGGAGGUGCCCAUGGGCGACCUGCCCCCGAUCGAGGAGGACAAGAUCCAGAUCCUGCCCAUGUGCUGGCGCAACCCCGUCACGGGCCGUCUCGCGCUGCAGGUGCACCCUUCGGCGGUCCGGAAGCUGCACCUCAAGGACGGGUCCGUGGUGGAGAACCUCGCGGAGGUCCGGGAGACGGUGCACCGGCUGCAGAGGCCCGGCAUCGCGCCCAAGAACGUGUACGCGCACGACUGGGAGCAGGGCGACUUUGUGGUGUUCCACAACCGCGGGGUGAUUCACUCCGUCGUGGGCGCGUUUGCAGAGACCGAGGUUCGGUUGUUCCGGCAGUGCAAUAUCGCUGCGAGCAAACUUCCCGAGGGCCCGGUCGAGGUCGCUGCGGCUGUGUAG